UGCCCGCGCGCGGGGGAUGCUGAGGUACCGCCGGCCGACGACCGCGCGGAAGGGGCUGCGCGACGCGACGAACGACAUGAAGCGCCCCGCGCCGGGAGGAGCGAAGGAGGAUGAGCCGUCCAAGACCCGGGGCUUCGAGGUCCCGAUGAGCAAGAAGCGGCGCCUCCACGCGGACGACGGCCCAUCGCGGCCCAUGGCUGCGGAUCAACGACCGCUCCAUGCCCCGCGCGACGCGCGACGUGCCAAGCAUGGCAUCGAAAUCUACGAAGACCCACGGGAAGACGCCGCCGCAAGUCGGCCGCCUGCGUCGGAGAACGCUAUGGUCACUAGUCUCUUCCAGAGCGGCCGCGGGAAGAGCGUGCUCCUUCCUGCCAAGAAGAUCCAGGAGUACGAAAACAAGCUGUCGAAGCCCAGUGAAGAGGAGGACAAGGUCUUGUCGCACGACACCGAUCGAGCCCAAUCGGCUGACCAUCGACGAUCCACGGCCAACGUCGUUGCGCCAGGAGCGCUUGUGCCCAGUUUGUUCCAGACGGGAAGCGGCCGCGCCGUGCAAGUAUCUGCUGAGAAGCUACGAAGCUACCAGAAACAGCUCGAGAUCGAAGCUACGAACGAGGUGGUCGCCCGGGACGAGCCAAGCAGCACCCGAGAAAGCAUCGAGCCUGCAGCUCCCACGAUUUUAAGCCUGUUCCAAACAGGACGCGGACAACACGUGCAAGUGUCCGCGGACUUGACGGCCAAGUACCGUGCAUCUUUCGAAGCAGCAGUAGCCGAUGCCAGCGAUGAUCCCGUCGAAGCGCUGCCACCAAUGAAGCGCCCGGUGGCCGCGCCAUCGUCCAGCGGUGCCGUGACAAGUUUGUUUUCGACGGCAGCGGGUGCAUCCGUCAAGAUCUCGGCAGCAAAGGUCCAGCAGUAUCAAGAAGCGCUAGCUCGCGACGUGACGGAGGAUGACACCGGCGCCGGCAAGCACGUGCACGUGUCCGCAGCCGCCGUCCAGCGCUACCAGAGGCAGUUUGCCACGAGCCUCGACAACGACGCUGCUCCCACCGUGGCUGCAGUCGGCUCAGAGACCGUCGCCAACAAGGUCAAGGCAUACACCAAGGCGUUCGAAGCCGACUCCGUUUCCUCCACUGCUCACGACGCCGGCGCCGCCGCACUGGCAGGAGAAAAAGCGUUGAGCGUGUUCAGCACCGCCAGUGGUCGCGACGUUACGGUAUCGGCCGAGAAGACCAAGGCGUACGAGCGUCUCUUUGACGCCGAUGCACCCGCAGCCAGCGACGUGAUGGUACUCAAGGAGGCCCACGACGAGACUCCCAGCUUAUUUGCUACGGGCAGCGGGCAGAAGGUCGACGUCUCUCGCGAAAAGGUCCGUGCAUAUGAAGCCAAGCUGCAACGCGGCGACGCAACUCUUGUGGCCCUGCCGACGGAAGACGCUGCGCCGCCUCGACGCCGUGCUGGUUCGGAUGAAAUGCCGACGACCAAGCCAAACCCACAGCGUCGCGUGACGUUUGCUCCCGGUGACAUGCCCCGGACCACAGAGAACCCCGUACCGCGCUCAGCUGCGGCCAAGCCGGCGAUGCCAUCUACCAACAAUGGUCGUCGGGCUUUUCAACCGCCGCGUCGCAAGUCGAUGCCCGCUCCAUCGGUCGUUGCGGUCGAGCCAGGUGUACCCAAGCCCAAACCCAAAGAGAUUGUCGUUCAAACCAAGUCCAAGUACAAAGCUCCAAAGCUGACGACGGUCUCGUUUCGCGACUUGCAUCCGUCGUCCUCGCCGGCCGUGAGCGUGUGUGUCGACGCCAUCGCGGCAUCCAACGCGCUCUUGGUACACUUUGGACCCAACGGUGAUCCGACGCUGGUUCCGUCUUUUGGAGCCUCCUCAGUGCAUCUUUUGUACGCGACGAUGGUCUCGAACCAAUUCAUUCAGCCGGCACUCGGCGCGACGCUGCCAUGGUUUCUCAACCACUUUCGGUGGAUUGUCUGGAAGUGCGCGAGCAUGGAGCGGACGUUCGGUGCGGAUCUGGCGGGAAAAUACCUCACUCUCGAUCAAGUCACGUUUCAGCUCACACGGCGUUUUCAGCGUGAACUUGAGCAAAGCCACCGGUCCGUACUCAAGAAGAUCUACCAGCGCGAUGCGCACUCGGGCAAUGCGAUGGUCCUUCUCGUCGUUGCCACGUACCCGACGCAUUGGGUGCUGAGCGACGGGUGGUACGCCACGUUUGCACUGCCGGACGAGUACUUGCUUGGGCACGGCAACAAGAGCCUCGUUGGCGCCAAAGUCAUUGUCUGGAACGCGAGCUUGAUCAACUGCAAUGAAGGCAUCGACCCGCUCGAGUCGCCGAUCCACCAGUCGUUCGAAAUGGCAUUUGAUCCGAAGACCCACGUCCAUCUCUCGAUCAAUGUCAACAGUACGCGACGGGUCCAUUGGCGACUUCCCCUCGGCUUGGAAGACCGCCGAAAACACCAGCUGCUUCAGAGUCUGCCAUUGGGAUCGCUCAAGCAACGUGGCGGCCUCGUUCGAUCUCUCCGCGCCGUUGUCAUGCGCUCGUCAGGACUUCUCUACUUGCAGCCGAAAGACGCGACAGGCCCGCGCGUUCUCACGGAGAAGAUGAUGGAGAAGUUCCCGCAAGCAUUCGAGACGGCGGUGCCGUUUUUGCGUCUCAAAGUCGCCUGCUCUCAUCCGUCCCAUUCCGUGUCGCGCCACGCGACGCUAAGUGUAUGGCGCCCAUCCGAAGACGUUCAAAUCGUGUGCAAGGAAGGUGCCGAGGUCUUUGUGACGAGCGUGGCCGUGACGUGGAGUGCCGAGAAGAAGGACGCUGAGCUCAACCUGAGCACAGUGGGGUAUGCGCCGCGAACGUGUAUGUCGAUUGCCGACAUUGGACCGACGUACAUUGGCGACGCUGACGUCUGCGUUUACGUCAUUCGCCUCUCGGAAGACAAGUCGCAUGCAUUUGUGACCGAUACGAGCCUCAAGCUUCUGAGUAUCCGGCUACCCGCGGCGCCAACCAAGGCGGCCCUCAAAAUGUGGCAGAAGGGUUCGAUCGUGUGCGUUCGAAAUCUCCUCGUGUCGCACUAUGAUGAAGGCCUCGGCCUCCUCGAUUCGGUGCUGACCGACACAGCGGAAGCAACGACACAGCCGUCCAAGACGUCGUACUUUGCCACCACCUUUGAGCAGCUCAAGCUCUCGAUUGCCAACGGCGCCAACCAGACCCUCAUUCACGCACUCGACGCGUACAUUCUCUCGUCCAUCUUGCACACCGUCGCGACCCAAGAGACCGUAAUGACCCAAGACGACACCGGUCUGGACGUCGACACAACCGACAACGUACAGGUUGAAGCCAUUGAGGCACAUGACAUGACGAUCGAAGGCCACCCGAUGCAUGUGGAAGAGCUUCCUGACUCGAAGGACUUUGGCGCAGUCGUCAGUGUCGACGUUGGCACCCAACUGUACGACGUCUACUUGCCCCGCACCGUAUGCGACCAGGCCACGGACCUCUUUGCACCCAACAUCGGUCUGCUCUUGCUCCGGCUCAACGUCAAGGUGGAGACAGACGACGCAAGCAGCAAUAGUUGCCGACGCUGGGAGGUUGCGCGUGCGACGAAGCUUGUCGCAGUCUCGGCGAGCAUAGACUCGCCGACCGACCGCAUCCGGGCGCUGCUGGCGGCGCUGCAGAGCUGAGUAUCGUGUAAUCGGAUUGCAGCGUACGACUCGUCUCUACAUUUGGGUGUGGGAUCUCUACGAAUUAAGCGUUGACAUCGACC